UCCUGGUCGGGAAGAGAGGCAUUAAUUGAGUAUUAAGAGACAUGUCCGCUAAUCGUUCAACUGUGCCCCAGACUCCUCGAGAAAGAUCAGCUGUGGAGGUUGGCCAUUUUCAGAGAAACGACGCAGUGAUCUGGGUGUGCGUMUUUACAAUUGAAUGUCUUCUAAUCAUGAUCACAAACAUUCUUUCUCUGCUCGUUUUCACGUCAAAGAAAUAUCGGAACAAGAAAAGUAGCAUCUUGAUGACCAAUCUUUGCGUGGCUGACCUACUAGUGGGCCUCUUGGGUACAGGUUUCCAGAUCUAUACAAUAGGAACACCCACUCUAUGGAAGUUUCAUUUCAAGUUUCACAUCAACGUUAUGUUUGAUGUAUUCACAGGRCUUGGUUCCUUAUUCUCUCUAACCUCUAUAGCACUGGAGCGAAUGUACGCAACCUUGUUCCCAGUCYACUACAAAUUUAACCAUGCCUCCAAAUAUGGUAUUGUGGUAGGUAUUGUGUGGCUAUUGGCUGCAUCUCUGGCAUGUUUAUCAUUUCUCGUUCCUCCAUAUUUGGUACCACAGUCAACGACCAACGCAAUCAUCGCAAGUAUGCUGUGUGUGUCUGUUGUGACCAUCAUUUUCUCCUACAUGGCCAUUGGCAUCAAACUAACUAAACAGGAAGACCGCAGCCAAAGACAGGUGAAAAUCGCCAAGACUUUAUUCCUUGUCACUUUUCUCUCUCUGGUGUCAUGGCUACCGUUUCAAGUCAUUAUACUUGUCAAAUAUAUGUCAAACAGUCAAUAUAAAAUCGAUAACCUAUUCGUUGUUGUGACAACCAAGUUCCUUCAGUAUGGCAAUUCGUUUGUCAACACAAUCGUCUAUUACUUUAGAAUGCCUGGUUUUCGCAGUGAUCUCAAGAAUAUUCUUACUUAUCAUUGUCAGUGCUGCAUACGAACACAGUCACGUGAUAAUGCCCAGGCUGAGAAUCAUGGGAAUGGGAAUGGAGAAUCCAGGUACUUGCAGUCAGCGGUUACACAAACAGUUUUUAUCGAAGAAACAAAGCUCUGAACACUGCAGAAUAAAUCAAUGUGCUUUAAAUGCGUUUUUUAUUUGACCAGUUGUAUUAUUCCUAUUCAAACAUAAAUCGCUCUUGAUCAUCUAAAUGUUAAAUAGAGAACAUGAAUGAUUGUUAGUAUAGUAUUAAAAAGCUGCACCAGGAAUCAAUUGGACAAAUUGACAUAUAGCUCCAAGAGUUGGACGUGCAGGCUGAUAUGGAUUAUACUGUGUUUUURUGUAAAAUAAACAUUACACAGAGUAGUCUGUACGUCGGAGUUUAAGUUGCCCCCUUGUUAGCUUUUGUCUUUACUAAACAUUUUUAUGUUUGUUACUUGCGCAGUUCUCCUCGAAUGACAGUUACUUAUACUUUUGAUGCAUAAAAAAGCUUAAURAAUGAAAAAAUAAAUA